AUGACUGCAACAAACGAGCAAGUCUUGGAUCACAACCACCUUUUGGCUGCUGUAAUGGAGCUGGGAAUCGACAGAUCUGCACCAUUUGUCGACAGCGAAUUUAGCGGAGGCCAGUGCAAAAUCUUCAAGAUCAGCUUCCGAGAUAACGACAGCGAGAGCCUGGCGGUGCGCGUCCCGCUUCACUCAAGCGCCAGCGGUCUAAAUGAUGGCCUUAUUGACAUGAUUCGUGCAGAAUGGGAAAUCCUCCAGAAGCUGGAGAAGAAAGGCUUCGCCUGGGCCCCAAGAUGCCGUAGUUGUAGCUUGACCUUCGACAACCUCAUCAAGCUCCCUUUUCUUGUCUACACUUGGGCUCACGGUUCUAGUCCUAUAUGGACCGAAGAAGUCCCAUCGCGCCCCUUGCGGGAUAAGCUGCUUCGCCAAUUGGCCAAGAUUCAAGUGGCCCUAAUCCAGAGUACUCUUGAGACCCGAAAUCCCAUGUCCAAAAUGGAAGGUUUCCCGAGCUCUGUAUCCAGGAUUGCAUCGAUCAACAGACCAUAUUGCCUCGAGUCGUCGGUACACUCCAGGAUGAUGCGACUUUUGCUCUAG